UUUACCUUAUAAAAAUCUAACUCGGAAAAUAUAUAGUAUUCAUUAAAUGAUUUGCGUUUCCCACAAUUCCUCAUAUACCAAAAGGCAAAAGCUCCUUUCUUUUUUAAAGCUUGAAGCUUCCUCACAUUUCAUCCAUGGCAAGAGCUCUCUCCUACAUCAAUGGCAACGCAACGUUACCUGUUCCUUGUAGACCAAAUCCCAGCCGUCCAUGUGCUUUACUGUUGCCUUAUAGGCCUUUGAAGGUUACCGUGUCAUGCAACCGGUCUUAUUGGGCCUCCAUAAACUCAGACAUCGAAGCUCAUCUUAAGAAGGCCAUCCAGGCACGAGAACCUCCCUGUGUUUUUGAUCCCAUGCACCAUUUGACGUUCGCCGCCCCACGGAACACGGCGCCAGCGUUAUGCGUGGCUGCAUGUGAACUCGUUGGCGGCCACCGGGACCAAGCUUUGCCAGCGGCAUCCGCACUUCACCUCAUUUAUGCAGCUUCAUUCACUCAUGAGCAUCUUCCAUUGACAGAAAGCUCCAGGCCCAAGUCAGCGAUUCAACAUGUCUACCGACCAAACAUCGAGUUACUGAUCGGGGAUGCAACGCUACCAUUUGGGCUUGAGCUAUUGGCUAAAUCCGAUGAUCCAAACCAAAAUAAGUCAGAUCGAGUUUUACAGGUAAUGGUUGAGAUCACACGUGCUGCAGGUUCGCAAGAAAUGAUUUAUGGGCAGUACUGUGAAGUAGAAACUUGUCAAUCGGACAACAAAGAGUCAUGCCAUUCCCACAUCGGAGAGAUCGAACGUAUCUGUGAGAAAUACGAUGGAGCAAUGCAUGCUUGCGGAGCUGCAUGUGGGGCAAUAUUAGGAGGUGGAAGUGAAGAGGAAAUAGAGAAAAUGAGAAGCUAUGGUCUAUACAUCGGAAAAAUACAAGGAAUGAUAAACAGAAUUGGAAGCCAUGACAAGGAUUUGAACAAAUUGGUGGAUGGGCUAAGAGAUUUGGCUAUCAAAGAAUUGAGAGGUUUUAAUGAGGCAAAGGCUAAAGCAAUAUCUAGUUUUUUUUAGUAACUCUUUGGUGGUUUUUUAUAAUAUGAUA